AACCUCUGCUUUACAAUAACUCCUCUUCCUCUCUCUCCUCUCCCUGCUUGCUCUCCAGAGGUGACGCACACGCCUAGCUAUAAGGCAAAGACGCCCCCACCGGUGCCACCUCGUUCCACCUCCAAGCCCCUCAUCUCGGUGACGGCCCAGAGCAGCACAGAGUCCACCCAGGACGCCUACCACGAGGGGAUGCACCAGCGGGGGAGUGUACUGUGGGCGCCAGACGGUCUGGGCGGCUCGGGUCGAACCCUCUACAACUCCACUGACAGCCUGGACAGCUCCAAGGCGGUGACGCUGGCCAUGGAGACGGCGGCAGGCAAGCGGCACAUCUCCACGGGCAGCCACAGCUCGGUGCAGACGUGUGACAAGGCGGUGCUCGUGUCCAAGGCUGAGGAAUACCUCAAAACACCACGCUCUUCCAUAGGGAUUCAGGUAAGACAAGCUCAUACACACACACAUAUGCUUAGAUACACACGUGUUGAUGGUCUAGUCCCUGUAUGGCCGACCCAGGACGUGAAUCCUUUCUCACAACAGCACUUUGUGCCUGCAAUGAAGCGCACUAACACUAGCCACUGUCUCCACUCCCCAUGACAGCUGAUGUUAGACCAAGACACACACAAACAUACGCGCACACACACACACAUUCAUUAAACACCGUUCACACUGAGAAGUAGCCAUCUCACACUGACCCAAUGUGACCCUGACCAAUAAGGAUUAAUGACCACACAGCUCUACAGCCACUGGCCAGCCCAGAGAGCUCAGGCAGCACUCAGCUCAAUAUAACACACACACACACACACCACCUCAUGAUGACUAAUAGAGUAGAAUAACAUUAGAGGAAACUGUUGAUGAUGAUUAUUUAUCGGUGUAAUUCAAUUUGAUCACAUUAUCUAUUUUACACUGGCAACAAAUCAAACUAAUGAAAGAAAUAUAAUUACAUUUACUAAUGACUCAAAGUAUUUUCUGGAUGCCUGCUGAGGUGACUUGUGAACAUGUUUUACACAUUUUCAUGGCCUCUGAAUUUACGAGAAACCCAUCAUAUAGCAUUAAUGUAACCGUUUAGACCGUUAAUUUCACUUUCAUGCCAAGAUUCUGUCUCUUUUGCAAUGCAGUUUCUCAAGGGACAGAUAGAAACCAAUCCAUCCUCACCAUCAUCUUCAUCAACCUCAUCAUCAAUAUCAUCAGAAUACUAUCAUCAACGUUUCCAUCAUAACCUCCAGUGCCAGCACCAUAUUAAUAUCUGUCAUCACAUCUGGUAUGAUUAGUUAUUUACUAUGAAGUACUCAUUUUAUUCCAUACUCAACUUUUUCAAUGUCAUUAUUUUUUAGCACUGGGACUGUAAUGUUGAGAUGACAAUGUGUGUGUGUGUGUGUGUGUGUGCGUGUGUGUGUGUCUGUGUGUGUGUGUGUGUGUAAAGUGAGCCAUGCAUUGGGGAUAUAGAGAGGGACCGGCCCAUAAAAGCCUUCCCUUUCAGGGAGACAAUCAUUUGCUCAGGAUAUAGGGGUCUCUGGACAAACCCCGGCCCUCCUCCUUCACUUAAUGCAGAUCCUCUCUCUCUUUAUCCCCCCCUCUCCUCCCCCGUGUUUGUCUCUCUCCGUCUCUCGGCAUACAUAGUAUAGAUCACUACAGUUUACUACCCUCUUUAUUAUCUAUGUCACUAAGCACCCUCAUUGAUGUUCAGUUGGUGUGGUAUUAAAGUAGUUCACCCAUGAUACUGUAAUAACGAGGUUACUGACAAUGACGUGUUAUUGUUUAUGUUCACGUUUGUGCUUCCCAGGUGGAGACGGCAACAGACUCCGAGUCAGAGAGCAAAGGGCUUCCUCAGUACCAUUCUGUGGGCACCCAGGUGGAGGAUGACAAACGGUACGCACACAGGAAAUGGAAACAGACAAUACAACCAUUGCAGUUUGGCCUCUGACCUUUUACAGCAGCAGUUGAUAAUCUCUCUCUGGGUCCUGAUUGCACUAAAUCAAUAUUUAUCGAUGUUGUGAAACUUAUAUUGCACAUGUACUUGUGAAUGAUUUAUUUUCUGUAUAUACUGUUGGGUUUGGCUAUCUAUCAAUAUAUUUAUGUUUUCUCUCUCUUUGGAUCCAUAUAUUGUAAUUCUAAUCUAUUUAUUCUCCUCUGUAUAUAUAUAUUUGUUUGUGUGUGUCUGCAUGUGUCUAUACUCCCUCAGGCAUGGCAGGUUCAAGCGAUCCAACAGUGUGACGACAGCCGUACAAGCUGACAUGGAACUAGAGGGCUUCCCCACCAUGGAGGACAAGGGCCUGCAGUUCGGAGGGGGUUUGGCCUUCCACGGGGGCCACUCGGAGCCUAGCACGCCCACCCAGUACGGGGCUGUCCGCACCGUCCGCACCCAGGGCCUCUUCAGUUACCGGGAGGACUACCAGCGCUCCUCCAGCGGACCGCCCAGCCCGCAGCCUGAGUCGUGGCUGACGGAGCCCUCUCUGGAGGGGGUAGAGACGGGCCGCGUGUCCCCCCUCCGCAGGGACGGCAGCUGGUUCAUGCAGCUCCUCCAUAAUGAAACUAAGAGGAUGGAGGGAUGGUGUAAAGACAUGGAGAGGGAGGCGGAGGAGCAUGACCUGUCGGAGGAGAGUGAGUUUCUGACGCUGAAGCAUAGAGGCAUGUACUGCCUCUAUAGUCCCUAAGGCAGGGGCUGUUCAUAUUCUAAUGCAUUAAUUUAUACAUGCAUUCACUGAUAACCCUUUAGAAUUGAAUGGGCAAAGUCAUGUUUGUAGAUGGAGAUGUAAUACAACCAACAAGCGUUGUUAUGAACACAUUUAUUUAGCUAAUGAAUACCAGUCCAGCAUUUUGAUUCUUGAUGCAGUGGACAGAUUUGAGUGAGAUAACACUGCUGCAUGGCCAAAGGGCUCUAUUGUCAUGUCAUCCAACAAAUGUAAAUGCCUGGAGUUUGCUGAAAGGCAUGUGAUUGUAUCCGGUGCUGUGGUCAGAUGACAGAUGACAUGACAAAAUAGCUAUUUUGGCCACGUACACCAGUGAUAAGGAUGCAUAAGCAGGAGAGAACAACCAUACAUACUGUACAAUAUGGUGGUGGAUCUUUGAUGUUAUGGAGCUACUUUGCUUCCACUGGUUCUGGGGCCCUUGUUAAGGUCAACGGCAUCAUGAACUUUACCCAGUACCAGCACAUUUUUGCAAAAAAUCUGGUUGCCUCUACCAGGAGGCUGAAGCUUGGUCGCACGUGAAUCUACCAGCAAGACAAUAACCCCAAGCACACAUCAAAAUGGCCAUCUCAGUCUCUGGACUUGAACCCCAUUUAAAACCUGUGGUUUGAAUUGAAGAGGGCAGUCCAUAAGCGCAGACAAAAUAUAUAAAGGAUCUGGAAAGAUUCUGUAUGGAGGAAUGGUCCAAGAUCCCUCCCAAUGUGUUCUCCAAUCUCAUAAAACAUUUUAGAAAAAGGCUCAGUGCUGUUAUCCUUGCAAGGUGAGGUAUUGAAAGCUAUUGAAAACAGGGGUGCCAAUAAUUUUGACCCAUAUCUUUUUCAGAAGAAAAAAAAAUACAAAAUCUCUUUCUCUAUAAGAAAUAUAUAAUUUUCAAAUGUUUUGGAGCAUACAAUAUAGCUCAGUAUUUGUAUUAUUUAUUUUAUAGUAUUUUUUGCUCAUCUUUUGGACCUGACAGUAUAUUUACAGAAUUAAGAGUCUAAUAUCACUCCAUACGCGUAUGUCUCUCUCUCUCUCUCUCUCUCUCUCUCUCUCUCUCUCUCUCUCUCUCUCUCUCUCUCUCUCUCUCUCUCUCUCUCUCUCUCUCUCUCUCUCUCUCUCUCUCUCUCUCUCUCUCUCUCUCUAUCUCUCUAUCUCUCUUUGUGUCCUCCAGUCCUAGGGAAAAUCCGAAGUGCGGUGGGCAGCGCACAGCUCCUCAUGUCUCAAAAAUUCCAGCAGUUCUACUGGCUGUGUCAGCAGAACCUGGUAAGUGCCCUAUAAUAUUAUAAUACACCAUGACGGGUGUACCAUGACGGGUGUAUCAUGACGGGUGUACCAUGACGGGUGUACCAUGACGGGUGUGUGUGUGUGUGUGUGUGUGUGUGUGUGUGUGUGUGUGUGUGUGUGAACAAACACUACCGGUCAAAAGUUUUAGAACACCUACUCAUUCAAGGGUUUUUCUUUAUUUUUACUAUUUUCUACAUAGCAGAAUAAUAGUGAAGACAUCAAAACUAUGAAAUAACACAUAUGAAAUCAUGUAGUAACCAAAAAAGUGUUAAACGAAUCAAAAUGUAUUUUAUAUUUGAGAUUCUUCAAAUAGCCACCCUUUGCAUUGAUGACAGCUUUGCACACUCUUGGCAUUCUCUCAACCAGCUUCACCUGGAAUGCUUUUCCAACAGUCUUGAAGGAGUUCCCACAUAUGCUGAGCACUUGUUGGCUGCUUUUCCUUCACUCUGCGGUCCGACUCAUCCCAAACCAUCUCAAUUUGGUUGACGCCGGGGGAUUGUGGAGGCCAGGUCAUCUGAUGCAGCACUCCAUCACUCUCCUUCUUGGUAAAAUAGCCCUUACACAGCCUGGCGAUGUGUUGGGUCAUUGUCCUGUUGAAAAACAAUUGAUAGUCCCACUAAGCCCAAACCAGAUGGGAUUGCGUAUCGCUGCAGAAUGCUGUGGUAGCCAUGCUGGUUAAGUGUGCCUUGAAUUCUAAAUAAAUCACAGACAGUGUCACCAGCAAAGCACCCCCACACCAUAACACCUCCUCCUCCAUGCUUUACGGUGGGAAAUACACAUGCAGAGAUCAUCUGUUGACCCACACCGUGUCUUACAAAGACAAGGCGGUUGGAACCAAAAAUCUCAAAUUUGGACUAAUGUCCAUUGCUCAUGUUUCUUUGCCCAAGCAAGUCUCUUCUUCUUAUUGGUGCCUGUAGUAGUGGUUUCUUUUCAGCAAUUCGACCAUGAAGGCCUGAUUCACACAGUCUCCUCUGAACAGUUGAUGUUGAGAUGUGUUUGUGACUUGAACUCUGUGAAGCAUUUAUUUGGGCUGCAAUUUCUGAGGCUGGUAACUCUAAUGAACUUAUCCUCUGCAGCAGAAGUAACUCUGGGUCUUCCAUUCCUGUGGCGGUACUCAUGAGAGCCAGUUUCAUCAUAGCGCUUCAUGGUUUUUGCGACUGCACUUGAAGAAACUUUCGAAGUUAUUGAAAUGUUCCGUAUUGACUGACCUUCAUGUCUUAAAUUAAUGAUGGACUGUUGUUUCUCUUUGCUUAUUUGAGCUGUUCUUGCCAUAAUAUGGACUUGGUCUUUUACCUAAUAGGGCUAUCUUCUGUAUACCCCCCCUACCUUGUCACAACACAAAUGAUUGGCUCAAACAUUAAAAAGGAAAUAAAUUCUACAAAUUAACUUUUAACAAGGCACACCUGUUAAUUGAAAUGCAUUCCAGGUGACUACCUCAUGAAGCUGGUAGAGAGAAUGCCAAGAGUGUGCAAAGCUGUCAUCAAGGCAAAGGUUGGCUAUUUGAAGAAUCUCAAAUAUAAAAUAUAUUUUGAUUUUUUUAACACUUCUUUGGUUACUACAUGAUUCCAUAUGUGUUAUUUCAUAGUUUUGAUGUCUUCACUAUUAUUCUACAAUGUAGAAAAUAUUAAAAAUAAAGAAAAACCAUUGAAUCAGUAGGUGUUCUAAAACUUUUGACCGGUAGUGUAUGCAUGCAUACGUCAGUGUUGUGCAUUAAAAUAAACCUUAUAUCUCACAUUCUCACUGUUGAUGACUUAGCAACAGCACAGGGCUUGAAAAGUGCUGUACCUGAAGCUGCACUAACUGGCUGCUCCAGAAAUAGCAGUCCCAAUUGAUGUCGAAACAGGCCUUCUGCUUGUAUUGACCCCCACAGUAAGCGGAAGGAGAAUAACAAUAGGAAACUUAGGUGUCUAUGUUCACACCAUUCAUUAAUACAGAGAGACAGACAUUUCAAUGGGUUUUGAAUAACAAACCUUCUACCCUCUCUCAUUACUCACCCCUAACGUAGUCAAGAAGUUUUCACAUUUUCACAAUACCUAAUUUUAAUUACCCACCAAAUGUCAACCUGCAUUAGUUACUGUAGGGGUAGUCUCAGAAGACUGUGCUCAAAUGAUGCUUCACUUGCCAUUUAUUCACACAGUGCAGACAUUUCUUUAAUGAAAAAAGCAAAUUGUUUUUGAGAGGAGGGGCUUAAUGACCCUUCUCUCUUGCCGUAGCGUGAUUGUUUUUUUGUGUCUGAUGACUAUGAUGCCUUAAAGCCGGUGUUUUGCUCUCUUUCUGAGGGGCCGUGGACUCUCUCUCUGCGUUCCCCCGGAGAUAAUGGGAUGAUGGAUGAAGUCCCACAUUUACUGUGACAGGACUUAGAUUGCCCUGAGCCUCUCAAAUGUGUCCCACUGACUGAGUAGAGAGCAGCCCUAGUAUCCCUACCGGAGAGAGCGAGAGAGAGAGCACUACCCCUAGCAUGACCCCAUAUCACAACUGUAAUGUCCGUGUGGGGGCGGAGGGUGUGGGGGGGGGGGGGGGGGGGGGGGGUUGAGGAGGUGGGGUCGUCUGUGUGUGUGUUCGGGGGUGGGUGUGUGUGCGUGUAAGUGCAUGUGUUUGUGUCAUCUGGACAGCACAAGUGGUCCCCUCAGUAACACAAAUGUCAAUGUUGAACCUGUUCAGGCAUACAGCACACCAUGUUGCAAUUGUGUGCUGAGUCAUUGCCAACCUUUAUGUGUAGUUAUGCUUUGAAUGAUUACAGAAACAGAUAAGUGGGAGUGACAAAGGCUCUUUAAUAAUGUAGAACUCCACAUGGAUGUAACUUUGAUUUUGCUCCAUGAAAUGGAGCUCAUGGCUGGCAAAGGGCAUGAAAUACAUCUGUUAUUUAAAGCGUUAAGGAGGACAUCUAGUGGUUGGACAGUGUACAGAAGGGUGUUGGAAGGUACAAUAUCUGGGGAUGUAACACAAGCAUUUAAAAAUCACCAUUAUAGUCUAUAACAGUUAUGACUAUACCAGAUAUAUAAGUGUCAUGAAAUUUAAACAGACAUACGUUGUCAUGGUCACUGAGGUGUUGAUAAUUAUAUAAAAUGAUCUCCCUCCUCCACCUUUCACUUUUCCGGUCAACCCCUUCCCUCCCUUCCCUGCCACCUUUCACCCGCCAGGAUCCUAGCGCCAUGCCCCGCCCCACCUCUCAGGACCUGGCUGGAUUCUGGGACCUGCUGCAGCUCUCCAUCGACGACGUCACUGGCAAGUUUGACGAGCUGCAGCAAAUCAAGAGCAACGAGUGGAGGCCUGUGGAGAGCCCUGAGAAGAAGACACCAUUACAGGUAUAUCAAUGGAGUUGUUACUCUUGCUUAGCUGUAUAGCUUUUCACAGCUAGCAAACUAGACUGUGGAGGUGUAUUGUCUAAUGGUAUUGGCCAAUGUGUACUUAUUUGUAUUGUUUUAUCCUGCCCUUAUUCAGAAAAUUACAUGGCUCAAAUCUCUCUCCCUCUCUCUCAUUCUCUCUCUCUCAUUCUCUCUCUCUCAUUCUCUCUCUCUCUCAUUCUCUCUCUGUGAAGGAGAGGAAGUGGCCUCCCCCGUUGCCAAAGAGGCCUCCGAAGGGGCGUGGCAGCGUGAUGCGGGAGCGUUCUCUGGACCUGCAGGACCGCCAGCGUCAGGAGGCCCGGCGCCGCCUCAUGGCAGCUAAGCGGGCAGCUUCCUUCAGACAGAACUCAGCCACAGAGAGGGCAGACAGCAUCGAGAUCUACAUCCCCGAGGCCCAGACCCGCCUUUGA